UUGAUGGCAGGUAUAAUGCCAUGUCUGUGCAAUCACUCGAUGCAGGAGUUAUUGAUGCCUCUUCUCUUCUGCCCUUCUAGCCAGUGUGACAUGAACUUGCUGAUUCUCAAAGCAGCACUGAUGUGUCUCGUUCUUCUCCCUUCUUCUCUUUGCCUUUCCCAUGCAGUCCAAGUAUCAGCAGUAGAGGUCAACACCCCGGAGGAGAUGUUUGUGGAGAACGGGACGGACGCAAAGCUCCCAUGUACGUUCACAUCCGUAGAAGUGAUCAGCAGUGCAGCAUCUGUCUCCUGGAGCUUUCAACCUGAGGGAGCAGCCACUCGUAUCUCAUUUUUCUAUUACUCUAAUGGGAAGUCAUACCCUGGAAAGGACAUACCAUUUAAAGACAGGAUCACUUGGGCUGGAGAUCUUAACAAGAAAGAUGCUUCUAUCACUAUAUCAAACAUGCAGUUCCGGGACAACGGCACGUACAUUUGCGAUGUCAAGAACCCACCUGACAUUGUUGUCAAACCAGGAGAAAUCCGAGUUAGAGUUGUGGAGAAAGACAGCCUGCCUGCGUUCCCCAUUGCCACCGUGGCAGGGAUAGCCAUCGGUACGGUUACAGGUCUCUCAUCGCUCAUCUCUAUUGUCGUGUGUCUUGUCAUCAGAAAGAACAACUCUAAAAAACGAUACUCUGGCUGCAGUACCUCUGAGAGCUUGAUGUCUCCGGUUAAGCAGGCUCCGCAGAAGGCGCCCUCCGACACAGAGGGCCUGGUAAACAGCGUGCCCGCCAGAUCACACCAGGGCCCAGUCAUUUACGCGCAGUUAGAUCACUCCGGGGGACAGCACAGCGACAAGAUCAACAAGUCAGAGUCUGUGGUCUACGCCGACAUUCGGAAGAACUGAGAUCCUCAGCUAUCCAAAGGACAACACACAUUCAGACUGGAAUUGCUUGAGCAAGAUUUGACCCAGAGAACUCACAUGUGGCCUUUGAUGCCUAGGCUAGGACCAAUGCAUGUGCAUACAGAGGGAGAGAUAUAUAUGUAUUGUGUGUAAAUAGUCUAUUUAAUCGUACAGAAGUGAGACCAAUGUUGCAUGUUGAAAUGCGGUAAGAAUUCUGCUUAUAAAUUGCCAAUAUUCUUUUUUUUUUUUUUUUUGUAUCUUGUGUGACGAGAGAGAAAGUGAAAACUCGCAUCACAAUUUUAAAAUAUUUUUAUCUUGAUUAUUAAUGGAGAAACUGGAAGAUACCUGAAGAUUCUAGAUUCACCUGGAGAUUCUUUUUUCUUUGCUUAUAGGGCCUAAUUUCUUUUAUUGAGGUGACUAUAAAGAAGACACCUUCUUUAUAUUCAGAGUUCUUUAUGUAUACAGGGUAUUUAUCUUUCCUUGGUCAGAUUCUCAGUACAGGCUGCCUUCUCAUGUAAACUAGACCCUCUCAUGUGGUCUUGUAAGCCAAACUGUGACUCCUAGCUAUCAGAAAUGUAUGUCUUAGCAGUGUGAGUGAAGGAAAUCCUUUAGGCCUACCUGACCUGUGUAAUGUGGGUCACAAAACUGUUUACUUCUCAAUGAGCCCAGCUAUUCAAGUUUAGUCCUUUAAGGUUCAGGGAUAGUGUUGAUCUAAUGAAUUUUGUGAAAUGGUAGUUUACCUGUGAAAACUGUGAAGGAGAUAGUGAGUUAAAGGCAUAGGAAGCUGUAGCUGUAGGUGGUUACCUCAGACUCUCUUGAACCUUUCAGUGAAAUAUUUCUUCCUCAAAGCUCUGUCAUUUCAUGUAAGCAUUACAAAGGGCUCCAAGGGAUCUGGAAGCUGUAGUACUCCCAUACCUCUCUCCCAUAGCUCUAUUAUGCCACUGUCACCUCCUUGAAGGUGUUUUAUCUCUUCUCAAAAGCCUGUAGUGGAGGCUGAACAACUUCUGGAGGAAAUCUAGGGCUCUUUGGGUUUUUUGAUAUGUGGGUUUUUUUGGGUAACCAAUAUUUGCACAGAAGAUGUGGAUGGGCAGUUUAUUUCCUUCAUCUCUGCAAGUCUACUGCUUGAAUACAAUUCUCCAGCCUCUUGUUUCUAGGUUAAACUCCUCCUAGAUUGUCAAGGAUCUCUGCUGAUGAGGAUUUCUUUUGUUGACCCACUGAAUCCUGAAAUCUGGUGCUCAAAACUACAAGUGGCCUUUCAGCAGAGAUCUUCUCAAAGUGGCAGAAGUAUUAUUAUAGAAGAGGGAUUUCUGUUUUGUACAUCCUAAUGUGGUGGUUUUGGUUUGGGUUGGUUUUUUUGGGGGGCAAAUAAUUUUCAGUUUGGUCUAUUGUAAUGCCUUUUCUCCGAUUCUUAGCCAUUUCCUAGUUCAGUCUGUUUCACAGAAUCGGUUCCAGAAUGGUUGAGGGUGGAGGGACCUCUGGAGAUCACCCAGUCUGCCUCAAGCAGGGUCAACCAGAGGAGGCUUCUCUGCACUGCGCCCAGUUCUGAGCAUCUCCACAGGUGGGAACUCUACAGCAUCUCUGGGCAACCUCUCCAAACAAACUCAAGCCCACAUUUCACUCUAACAGCAAGCACAUGAAAAAUAGUUACAGACCCCUGGCAGACCCUUUCACAACCAUAUUAGAUAAUCCUUUAAUUAUGACAGUGCAGUUUUAAUAACUAUUUUGUGUACAGUGGUGGUCUUUUUCCCAAUGAAGUUAGGUAUGCCAACACUAUAUUCUUUCAUCAGGAUCAGACUUCACUGGUUUCCUGACAACAGCUGCCUUUAUUAAAAAUCAACAGCUUUACUUUUUGUAUACAUGCACUGGGUAGAUCUUAGGACAUUGUCCUCAAAGCCAGAACCAGCUUCUUAAAACUGAGACUAAGAAGGAAAUAAUGGAUUAAUUUAUUCUGCCAUAUGUCGGUUGCUAAUCCUGAAAUACCUGAAUUUGUGUAAUUUUUCUUCCAAGACUUGGCUGGUAUGAAAAAAAAAGGUCAUGCUUCAAUUUUAAAGGAGGUUUUUAAGGCACCAGUUUUCAGGUACUUGCCUAGUCUUGUAGGGAACUGAGACACCAAGCUAUGGCUAACUAACAGCUCUGUAAAUAUUCUAGCAUUUUACUUUUUGGCAAUAACAGAUUUGAGCUAAAAAAUGGACAAAUUUCUUCACAGGAGACCUUUAAAUAUCUUCUUCUACUUCAUGGAUUAAGCAGUUGUUUGUUUUUUCUAAUGAAGGCUCCACAUGAAGGGGUAUGGGGCUUGUACCCAGUGCUGGAAGCUGGAGUGGGACCUACUCACCCCAGAAACGCUUAGGGUAGUAUGUCCACUCAAGCUUCCAUCUGCUGAUACGAUCCACUGUCUUGGUUGCUGCAGUGCUCAUGUCGGUGACUGUAGUCAGGAAGUUCUUUACCCAGAAGAUGGUGAGGCCCUGGCACAGGAUGUCCAGAGAAGCUGUGGAUGCCCCAUCCCUGGAAGUGUUCAGGGAUGGGUUGUAUGGGGCUCUGAGCAACCUUGUGUGACGGAAGGUGUCCCUGCCCAUGACAGGGGGGUUGGAACUGGAUGAUCUUUAAGGUCCCUCCCAACCCAAUCCAGUCAGUGAUUCUGUGGUUCUAUAGGAUCUUCUCAAGCGCUGAAUUCUGCACCUGGCAGCCAGGAGGGGCAUCCCUGUCCUGGGGGGCACCAGGCCGAGCAUCGCCAGCCAGGCAAGGGAGGGGAUUGUCCUGCUCUGCUCUGGGCUGGGGGGGCCUCACCUCCAGUCCUGGGGGCAGCUUUGGGUGCCACAAUACAAAAAAGACAUGAAGCCAUUGGAGAGUGUCCAAAGGAGGCCACGAGGAUGGUGAGGGGAGUGGAGGGGAAGCCUUAAGAGGAGUAGCUGAGGUCACUUGGUCUGUUCAGCCUGGUGAAGAGGAGAUUGAGGGGAGAGCUCAUUGCUGUCUUCAACACCCUCAUGAAGGGAAGCAGAGGGGCUGACACAGCUCUCUUCACUCUGUGACCAGUGACAGGACCCAAGGGAAUGGGAUGAAGAUGAGUCAGGGGAGGUUUAGGUUGAAUAUCAGGAAAAUGUUUUUCACCCAGAGGGUGGCUGGGCACUGAACAGGCUCCCCAGGGCACCAGCCUGACAGAGUUCAAGAAGUGUUUGGACAAUGCUCUCAGGCACAUGGUGUGAUUCUUGGAGUGUCCUGCCUAGGGCCAGGAGUUGGAUUCAAUGAUCUUGAAGGUCUGUUCUAACCUAGUGUUUUGUGAUUAAGAUCAGGAGGAAUCCUGCUGCUGCUGCUUUCCUUAUCUAUCAGUCUGUUACUUGCCAACAUUUAUUUUACUCUUCAUAAAACACUAAUGCUUUGGAUGUAGUUGAUGGAGAAACUUGAUUUUGAUCUGCCUUGUGUUCAUCCCUGUGCAUCACCAAGUUUCUCCCCCAACAUUUUUGAGUAAGAGGGAGAAUUGUGAUGAAUGUGAUGAUCAGUAACUCGGUGCUAUGAGAAGAUGGGGCUGGUCUUGCUGCUUCUUUUCCUGCUGGAACGUACUGGAGUAUCUGAGCACAAUUCUGAUGUGGUGCUAACGUUAGGAAGUACACGAAUCCGGUGCUAACUUUAGGACUGAUCUGGUGCUAACUUUAGGAGACACACUGAUCUGGCUAGUUUUGACUGACUUAAGGAGACAUCUCCUUGCAUGGCAUUUGUCUAGCUGGUAUGUUCAUAUUGCCUAGACUGAGGAGGUUCCCUGCAAGGCUUCUUGGGUCCUCUGUAUGAAGGCAUUUUAAAAAACACUAAACUUCUUCUUAUAAAUAAAAGUCUUCCCCCAGGAAUGACAGAAAUCUGUCUGAAUCCCUCUCCAGUGCCAAGGCUGUUGUAUUUUUUGUCAUGGAAAAUUGGGCAAUGUAAUUAUUAAGUAACAUAUUCAUGCUGAAGUCAAAAGAACUUCAGGCAUUGUGAGACAACACUUGUGAGCUUUCUGUUCCUCAGGUUAUAUGAGAUGGUUUAAUGAUAUGGUAACCUGUGCUGAUGAAAGGGACUGAUGCUGAGUUGGCUUAGUAAAGUCUCAGGAAAUAGAGGAUUUCUCUUCCUUGAUGGGUAGACCAAGGACAGGUUAAAGUCAGACAAGGUUAUCAUAUCCUGAUGUUCUGGUGACCAGAAGCUUAACUCUGUUUGCUCUUCUGCUGUUCUCUUAAUUCUCUGAUGCUGCUCCUUGCAGGAGGAAAAGAACAGCUUGGACUUU